AAAGUCCAUGUCGAUAGACAGUGUCAACUGAACCCCAUUCUGGCCGGUCACAGAAAACCGAGCGUCUGGUCCGAGUCCGGACAGAGUCGCGUCUGUAGCCCCUUCCAAGACUGGCUAUUCACUUCACCUUAUCCACACCUUUUUCUCUUCUUCUUUUCAGUGAUCCAUCGCUUCUGCUCCGGCUCCGAGGAACUCGGCAACAUGAUUCACUACGUCCUCAUGAUAGUCGGGUUGCUGCGCUCCAGACCUCGUCUUUCAGAAGAAUUCUUCUGCCAGAUUCUCCGAGUUACCAACACCCUCGGCGACAAUGUCCGAUACAGUCUUCUGCUUUUGUGCCAGUCAACCCCGUCAAUGAUGAAUGUCUUCCGUAAGGCCAAAUUGUACUUGUCAUUUGCCGAGACACUUCAGCUCCUACUGUUGGAGGCUUUGCUUUUAUGA